AAAAAUAUGCGCAAGAAAAUAAACAGUCACAAAUGGAGGCCGAAAUCAAAUCACUGAAGAAUGAAUUGUUGUCAUUGAACUGCAUGAACAAAGAUUUCAAAGAAAAAAUAGAAACUUACGAUAGGGAUCUAAACGAAUCCAGAGAAAAAGAAGCGCGUCUUUUGAGCAAGCUUGAAACAGGGAAAAUUCAAUUGAAAGACGAGAUCAGUAACUCGAAAAUUAUGACUGAGAAAUAUAUAAUACUGCAGAAAAAGAUUGAGAGCCUUGUAGGUGUGAAUCGAAAACUGAGUAACGAAAUAAAGAGCAAAGAGAAAGCAAUGGAAAAAUUCGCCAUUGAGAUUAGAAAUCUUGAUGUAGAAUUAAACAAUGUAAAAAACUUGAACAAAGUUCAAAAUGAAGAUAAUAUUAGUUUAACAAAAGCAAUCAGCAUUGGAAAAGAUAAAAUUAAGGAACAAGAAAAACUCAUCUGUGGCCUUACAUCAGCGAUAAACCAAUACCAAUUAGAGAAAGAUGAGUUUGAACAAAGACUUGUAAAAAUGAGAGAUGGAGCAGUUUUUGAAGCUAUUAAAAUAUGUUCAAAUCUAUUUUUCCCAUUUUCAAUUUAACUGAGUAGCAUAAAACAAUUGAACUCACGUAUAUGAUACCAUUCCAAAUUGUACUUGAGGUUUACUUCAGUAGUUAUACACAGUAUUUACUUGUGUACAUUUAGUACUGUUUAAGGCUUGUAUAUAAUAAUUAUAGUAAAUAAAAGAUUAAAAAAUUG